UAAUUUUGUUUGGUUUUUCCUAAGUCAAACAACGCCCAAAAUUCCAAACAAAAGAUGACACAUUCCAUUAGUUGAGCUAGUUUAUUUACUUUUAAGUGGUUCUAGUGUAUUAAAACUGAGAUAGCAUUAUCAGAUAAAACAAACAAUUGAUUAACAUGAAUGAUCAAAAACAUUUGAAAUAGAACGUGUUUGUUGUGAAAUCGUGAUCAUAAUAUUUCCAUCAUGGGAGUGUACUGCGAAAUCAACUUGUGUAAGCCAGUGGACGGGGUGUACACCCCAGGAAGCACAGUUUCAGGCAAGAUCAAGUAUUGUUUGGACAAAGAAACUGUUUUUAGUAAGAUAAUAGUGUCUCUGAAAGGGCAUGGAUGGCUAGUCCUCGACGAUGACUUCCAGAAGUCAAACGAUCAACUGUGUACAUACAGGAAUUCGGAAAACUAUGUGGAUGUAGAAAACAUUAUUUACGAGAAUGUAAAAGGAGAACCGUUGCCUGCAGGAAGUUACGAGACUGAAUUUAACUAUCAGCUACCUCAAAACAUACCAGGUUCACUGAAAUACAUGAACAAGAGCCCACAAUACACAGUUUGGUGUAAUAUAAAAUACUAUGUCCGCAUCAAAUUUGAAAAGCCUGAAUUAUUGAGCUUUAACAAACAUUACAAGAAGAAAAUAACUGUUGUUUCUGGAGUGACUCCAAGAUUGCCAACCGAACCAACCGUUUAUGGAGAACAGACAAGUUUGUUUCAAUUAGCCUCUUUAUUUUCAAGUAAGAAGAGCAUUGUCAACAUUAAAGCUACCAUGGCCAACUCCGUAGUGAAACCUGGUGACAGUGUCAAAGUUGACUAUGAAGUUGAGAACAACACCAAUCUUACUUUAAAGGCGGUCGAGAUAAAAUUAGUUCAAGUUGAUUCCUUUACAGUAAAAGGAAAGAAAGAUGCGAGAAUUGUUGAAGAUGUAAAAGAAACCGAUAUUAAAUAUGGGGCCAUGCAGAGUGGUGAAACCAAAACAUUCUCGGAUGAAAUUACUAUUCCAGUGGGUCUUGCAUCAAUAGAUUACUCUAAGAUUAUAGCCAGAGAUUAUGCCGUAGCUAUCACCGCUGUUAUACCGAUGCCACACCGUAACUUAGUGCUGGAGAUACCCGUACAAGUGAUAGAUCGACUUGAAAAUUCUUUGGAAGCUAGUGGGUCUGCACCACCUUCUUAUUGGGAGGCUAUGGGUGAAGAAAAAAAGGAACCACUGGGAAAGGAUGACAGUUCUGAUGAGGAGAAGGAAAAAUCUUGAAUGUACGAGGCUUGCCGAAGUUAAAUCUAAUUUUAUACUAUCUAAUUUGUUUUUGCAGCUAACAGUUGUACAGUUCUGGUAUUUUUGCUAUUCAUUAUGGCACAACUUUUACAGGUAGUUUUAUAAAAAUAUACAUAAUGGUACAAAUAAAUCCAAACUAUGUAAUAUAAUUAUAAUAUAAUAUUUUCAUACAAUAAUAAUAUAAAUCCAACUACUAAGUAUAAUUAAAUGUUAUGUUGCCUUGCAGAAAGAAUUAAGAUAUUAAUGAGAUAGUUUUCAGAAAAUACCUAAAAGACAUUUUGGUACAUACAUAGAUUAUUAUUGUUUUGUAUUCUAUUUUAGCAGAUACAUUUAAGGAUAAUUUUGUAAUAAUACAUAAUAUAAGUACCUAUAUAAUUAGGUACAUGCAAAGGUAUUUUUUUAAUUAUUUGCAAGUAAAGAUGACUGAAAC